AUGGCGAAGGGUUUCUUCAUCAGUAAAGUUGUUGGGAUAGUGGGCAUCGUUGCAGGCGUGGGCGCUGUGGCCACUAUCAUAGCUCUAUCUGUUGUUUAUUCGCAGGAAAAGGCAAAAAACGGCCAGCCCCACACUACAACCAAACCACCCGCAAAAAACGGCCAGCCCCACACUACAACCAAACCGCCCGUCACGACAGCUAAACCGCCCGGCCCGACACCUACCCCAUCCAAUGAUCCUUGGGACCAGUAUCGGCUGCCGAAGAACCUGGUUCCACACACCUACACGGUCAGCUUAAGGCCAUGGCUGACUCCAGAUGAGACCGGACUUUACGUCUUUACUGGUAAAUCCACGCUCACGUUCAGAUGUUGGUUUGGUAAUCUGGUGACCAUGCGGUGGUGGAACGACUUGUGGCUGAACGAAGGCUUUGCAACGUACGUUGAGUACCUGGGAGCCGACCAUGCUGAGCCCGAGUGGAAUGUGAAAGACAUCAUCGUGCUCGCUGACGUCUACCGAGCGUUCGGCGUCGAUGCCUUGGCCUCUUCUCACCCUCUGUCCUCUAAAGAAGAAGACAUCCUGACACCAGCCCAGAUCAGUGAGCUGUUCGACGGCAUCUCAUACAGCAAGGAGAUUAAUACUCCCGCCGACAUAGCUCUAGAGGUCAUUGGGACAUGCAAACCACUCCACUACGAUAAGGUGGUGAUCCCAAUGGAAGCAAAGAUCAUCUCGACGGAGCUGGCCCUGAGAACCACCUUGUACCUGAACCAGGAGACAGACUACAUGCCAUGGCAGUCAGCCAUCGACAACCUGGACUUCUUCUACCUGAUGUUCGACCGCAGAGAGCUGGCCGACGACCUGGGAGGCUUCUACAGGAGCGAGUACAUGGAGAACGGAGUGAAGAAGGUUGUUGCGACCACUCAGAUGCAGCCGACAGACGCCAGGAAGGCUUUCCCCUGCUUCGACGAGCCGGCGAUGAAGGCUGUUUUCCACAUCAGUCUGACCCACGACCUGGGGACGAUCGCCCUGUCCAACGGCCAACAAAAAUCAUCAACCGAAAUCACCGUUGACGGCGUUAAGGUGCAGCAGACAGUGUUUGACCCAACUGAGAAAAUGUCCACCUACCUGCUGGCGUUCAUCGUCUGCGACUACGGUUUUAUCGNGAAGUCUGACUGAGAGUUAGGUUCUGCAGGAAAACUGACUGAUCUUUUUUUUUUCCUGACAUCAGAUCAGAUAGCUCUGCCGGACUUUAAUGCUGGAGCCAUGGAGAACUGGGGUCUGAUCACAUACAGGGAGACGGUGCUGCUGUACGAUGAGGAGUACUCCUCCAACAGCAACAAGGAGAGGAUCGCCACCAUCAUCGGCCACGAGCUGGCUCACAUGUGGUUUGGUAAUCUGGUGACCCUGCGAUGGUGGAACGACUUGUGGCUGAACGAAGGCUUUGCAUCGUACGUCGAGUACCUGGGAGCCGACCAUGCUGAGCCCGAUUGGAAUGUGAAAGACCUCAUCGUGCUCGGUGAUGUCCACCGAGUGUUUGCCGUUGAUGCUUUGGCCUCUUCUCACCCUCUGUCCUCUAAAGAAGAAGACAUCCAGACACCAGCCCAGAUCAAUGAGCUGUUCGACGCCAUCUCAUACAGCAAGUUAAUGGGUUCCUGUUCACACUCCACCUCCUUCCUCAGGUAUAACCAGGUGAACGCCAUCAGCCUGGCCUGCAGGACUGGCCUGCAGGAGUGCCAAACUCUGACCACGACUUGGUUCAGCGACUGGAUGAACUCUGACAUCAACCAGAUCCACCCCAACCUCCGGUCUACUGUGUACUGUAACGCCAUCGCAGCAGGGGGCGCUGCAGAGUGGGAAUUUGCCUGGUCAAAGUUUAGGAGCACCAGCCUUGCCAUUGAAGCUGACAAACUGCGUGCUGCGUUGGCCUGCACCAAAGAGUCCUGGCUGCUGAACAGGUACCUGGAAUACACUCUGGACCCAAACCUGAUCCGGAAACAGGACUUCAGCUCCACCGUCAUCUACAUCGCCAACAAUGUAAUCGGUCAGCCUCUGGCGUGGGACUUUAUCAGGGCUAAUUGGCCCUACAUCUUCUCUGAGUACGGUGGUGGAUCGUUCUCCUUCUCCAACCUCAUCAAUGGCGUUACCGAACGCUUUUCCACCCAAUUCGAGCUUGACCAGGUUUGA